AAAUAGUCACACAGCGAGAAAGAAAGAAAGUAACUUGUGGAGACAAUUGAGAGAGGAACUAUGAAGCACUGAGAUCGCAACCAUUCCCUCCCCCCUCCCAAACAUCUGGACUUGAGUUUUUGGAUAGACUUGUAGGAUGCUUUUGUAUUUUUACAUUUAGUUAUGAUUGUUGGUACCACAAAAGAUUUGUUGUGCAGAACUUGAAGUGUGGCAAGAAAGUUUCCAUGAGAACAGAUUAAAGUACAAUAUUGUUUUAAAGGUAAUCGCUAAGGAUUAUAAUUUAUAAAAACGUGGAAAGCCAAUAGAAGCUGUCCGGUUGUGAAGCUCUUAAUCGAGUAUUUUUUGGGUAACUCGCACAUACAGAGGAAUGUUGCUCCGGCUCGAAAAUGUUAUCCAGCUCCUUACGCUGGCGUGCGGACUGUUCUUUGGAGUUGUAUCAACGGAAAACGAAGUAAAAGCAGAGGUGUGGCUGCAGCAGUAUGGCUACCUGCCCCCAGGUGAUGUCCGAGCCCAGGCUCUCCGUUCUCCCAAGUCCAUCACCACAGCCAUCACAGCCAUGCAGAAGUUCUACGGCCUCGCCGUCACCGGCUCUAUCGACUUCAACACCCUACAGGCGAUGAAGCGGCCACGUUGUGGCGUCCCGGACAAGUUUGGCUCGGAGCUGAAGAGCAACCUGAGGAGGAAGAGAUACGCCGUACAGGGGCUGAAGUGGGACAAACAAGAGGUCACAUUCAGCAUACAGAACUACACCCCUAAGAUUGGGGAACACGCCACAUACGAGGCUAUCCGCCGGGCCUUUAAGGUGUGGGAGGCCGCCAUCCCGCUCCGCUUCCGAGAGAUCCCUUACAGCCACAUCCGGGACAAGGUCGACAAGUACGCUGACAUCAUGCUCUCCUUCUCCGAGGGUUUCCACGGCGACAGCACACCGUUCGACGGCGAGGGCGGCUUCCUGGCUCACGCGUACUUCCCCGGGAACGGGAUAGGGGGCGACACGCACUUCGACAACGCCGAACCCUGGACGACCGGCUACGUCGACCAAGGGGGUAAUGAUGUGUUCCUCGUUGCGGUCCAUGAGUUGGGUCACGCCCUGGGUCUAGAACACGCCAACGACCCGUCUGCCAUCAUGGCUCCAUUCUACCAGUGGAUGGACACAGAGAACUUCCAGUUGCCUGAUGACGAUCGCCAUGGCAUCCAGGCAAUCUAUGGGUCGUCCGGAGCGCCACCCCCUCCUCCCCGCCCCACCAGACCCUCCAAGCCUGACCACCCUGGACUCGGACCAGACGUCUGCGAGGGACACUUCGACUCCAUUGCCAUCCUCAGGGGGGAGAUGUUUGUCUUUAAGGAUAAGUGGUUGUGGCGUGUGCGGAACAACAAGGUGCUCCAGGGUUACCCCAUGCCCAUCGGUCACUUCUGGAAGGGACUGCCACCAAACAUCAACGCCGCCUACGAGAGGAACGAUGGCAAAUUUGUGUUCUUCAAGGGUGACAAGUACUGGGUGUUCACAGAGUCCAGUAUGGAGCAGGGUUACCCCAAGACUCUGAAGGAGCUGGGUACAGGGCUGCCCAAAGACAAGCUGGAUGCUGCCCUCUUCUACACCCCCACCGGACAAACAUACUACUUCAGAGGGACCAAGUAUUACCGUUUCAACGAGCAGUCCCAGACUGUGGACAGAGACUACCCCAAACCCAUCAACACGUGGCAGGGUGUCCCCGACAACAUCAAGGCUGCCAUCAUGAGCGAAGAAGGAUCCUACACCUACUUCUAUAAAGCCAACAAGUACUGGAAGUUCAACAACCAACACAUGAGGGUGGAGUCGGGCUACCCCAAGUCGGUGCUCAGCGAAUGGAUGGGCUGUGCAGGGGAGGAGCCUAAGAAGCGGGAUGGCAAGGAGGAAGUCAUCAUCAUCGAGGUGGAGGAGGGAGAAGGCGGGGCCACGGCGGCGGCCGUGGUGAUCCCUCUCCUCCUAUUGGUCUGCGUGGUCCUCACUCUGGGAGCCCUGCUGUUCUUCAGGAAGUACGGGACGCCACGACGUCUCCUCUACUGCCAGAGAUCUCUACUGACUAAGGUUUAGAGACACACUGAAUGAACCAAUGACGCAGAGGGACUGAGAGAGAUAAAGUGUCUGAACGACUUUAAAGAUUGAAAGAAAGAGGGGAGAGGGAGGGACAGGGUGAGAAAACAGAGGGGGGUGAAAGGAGUUGGAUUGUGUGGUAAGCGAGGGGUCAUGUAAUAAGGGGUUGGUUGGUUGGACGUUUGGGUUUAGUCCAUUGGUUGGGUUGUAUAUGCCACAGACAGGAUGAGAAAGAGAGAGGAGAGAGGAGAGAGGAGAGAGGAGAGAGAGAGAGAGAGAGAGAGAGAGAGAGAGAGAGAGAGAGAGAGAGAGAGAGAGAGAGAGAGAAUCUGAAUUAGCAAAGACGUGUAUUUGUAUGUUACCUAUUUACAUGUACAGCUCUGUGGGUUUGAAAUCAGGACCAGGCCCCAACACACAGAGAGAUGAUGAUUGUGACCAACAUCCUGUGUAGUUGACACCCCAUCUGCAAUAAAUCUACUAUCAUGUCCCUCCCUCCAUUCUAUCCCUUGUCCCCUUCUUUUUCGUCCUCUCCUAAAUCCUCCCUCCCAUCUGCUUGACGACUCCAGCUGAACCGCUGUCUGAAUUAAAUGUUUCACCCUGCAGUAUAUAAUAUACUUUCUUGUUUCAUUUUUGAUUUCGCUCUCAAAUCAGGCAUGAUCACAAACAAUCAUCUCUCUCCUCCUUGUUUCCCCCAGUUUCCCCCCUGUGCUCCAGCGGCACAUAGCCACCACAGGAGAUUGGUGGCACCAUGGAGGACGGGCUGGUGGUAAUAGCUGAAGCGGAAUAGGUGGAAUGGUAUCAAACACAUGGUUUAUCUGUGUACGAUGCCAUUCCAUUUGCUCCGUUCCAGCUCUUAUUAUGAGCCGUCUUCCCCUCCACUGAUAACCACAUAAGGUCUUAUAGCUGUUGCAAAGGGCAUGUAAUAGGGUGCUCUCCCUACCCAGGGUUGAAAUGAGACAGGCUCAGAAAUGAAGGCCGUGUCAGGAAGAGAGGGGCCAAGAUGGCUGCCGUUUAUACACAUUGACAAUGACAUUUGACCUCUGUAGUAUCCACACAAAAAAAGCUUUUCCUCCCAGUUGCUGUACAUGCUUUUCUGUACACCUCUGUUUAAACCAUUUCUCAAAUUGCUCAAGCCCUCAGUACAGAGCCUGGUCUCAGUAAGCAGUCAAAGUUGGAUGGAAUUAAAGUAGCCAUUUUUACUCAAUAAAGCCAGUUUCAAUGUUACUACAUAGAAAAGCGGAGUAGUUCAAUCACAUAGUACUCACUUCAAAUGCUAAUGUCUUAUGGUGUUAUUUGUUGGUUUUGUUACCAUCAUUGUAAGAAAUGUUAUUAUUAUGACUAUAGUUAUUAUUAUUGUUGUUCUCCAGGUGUAGUCCUUUGGUAAAUUGUGUUUGUUGUUUUUAUACAUUGUCAUUUUGAGUCCUGCUGGACAGAGGCUAUAACGUGACAAUGAUUGAAUCAAAAUGGAUCCCAUUUUUCCAUUAAAGUGGUGGACUUGGACAGUACAGAGGGGGUAUUUUAAGAUUUUGGAAAAUGUUUCCUUUUUUUCGAAACACUUAUUUUCCCAUUGAUUGGUUGGCAUAUAAAGACAAUCAAACAAAACUAUUUAUAAGUAAUUCUGAUGGUGCAUAAUGUUUUUUUUUGUAUUACACAAAUCAAAUAACAAUAAUAACAAUGAUAAUGGUAAUGAUAUUUAUAAUGAUAAUGAAAUCAAUAAAAAAGGGAAUACAUUUUGUUUUGGCCAAUUUUUCAACUUUUUGUAUUUCAUGCGUUAAAUUGAAAUAAAAAAUAUUUUCUAAAAUGUGA